AUGAAUCUGGUUGCUAGUGAAGAUAAUGAAAGUAGCCUUGAAGAUGAUGGUGUACCUAGAAAAGAAGAAAACACCGCCCCUGAUGAAAAUCAUCCCAAUGUAGGUCUUGAAGAUGAAGUAAUUGACAUUGACAAAGUACCUUUGAACAAGACGACCGGGGAUGAGUUUCUUAGUAAGUUAUAUCCUCCAGAAGGUGAUACUAGUGACAAUGAAGUUGAAGAAGAAGAUGUUGAGAUCCAUUCCAUUUUCAACCCUGAUAUGCAAUGGAAGAGGCAAGUACCUAUUCUUGGGAUGAAAUUUGAAAGUCCAAAGCAGUUGAAAAAUAUGUUAUGUAACUAUGCUGUGGCAAAUGGAUACCAACUAUGCUUCAAGAAGAAUGAUAGUAAAAGGUUGUUGGUGGUGUGUUGCAAAGGAGCUUGCCCAUUCAGAUUAUGGGCUACAUGGAUAAGGCAGGAGGUGUCAUUUCAAAUCAAGUCAUUGAAGAUUGAGCAUAAUUGUGAAAUUUUGCAUAGACAAAAGUUAACAAUUAGACAAUUGAGAUUGGAGGUCAUCAGGAAGUUUGGAAUACAAGUUAGUUUAAGUCAGUGCAGAAGAGCAAAGACACAUGCCAUGAAUAUUAUAGAGGGGACUCUUAUUGAGCAUUAUCCAAAAUUGUGGUCUUAUGGGGAGGAAAGAAGAAGCAAUCCAGGUUCAACAAUCAAAAUGGAUAUCCAGUGUAUGCCUGAUGGUUUGACUUACUUCAGUAAGCUCUAUGUAUGUUUUGCUAAUGUGAAAUCUGGUUGGUUAGAAGGUUGUAGAAAUGUGUUAGGUAUAGAUGGAUGCUUCCUUAAGGGUGUAUGCAAUGGGGAAUUAUUAUGUGAUGUGGGUAGAGAUGCUAACAACCACAUAUUUCCAGUUGCAUGGGCAAUAGUGUGUGUUGAGAAUAAGGAAAACUGGAUGUGUUUCGGGAGUUGCUCAGAGAUGAUCUUGAACUAG